AAAACAUAGUUUUAUUUUGCAUGUUUUAGUUAACAUGGACUGAAACAAAAAACCUCAUUCAUAAUUUAAAAGUCAUACUUUUCAUGCCCCUGGGGAAACUAUUCAUGGAUAAACAAAAUCUCAGUUUGCAGAGACAAAAACAAAGUUGGAACUCAUAAAAGGAAAUAACUUAGUGUUCUGUAAAUAAUUCAUGUGGCUUUUCUUCCUCUCUGAUGAAAGAAAUCGAGGAUGAUCUUGAAUUAUGUAGAAGCUGAUCUUUCAGGGGAGUGUAAUCAUUUCAUACACGUCUGCCUGAAAAUGAGGGGCAACUGAGAUGAGGAGACCAUCUUUCCCACAUCCUAAAGCCUCCCAGACGCCACAGAGAGGAAAGACUCUUUCCCUGUACACCCCCUGUGCCUGUCCCAGAAUAUUUACUCCCAGGGCCCUCAUCCUACCCAGUGCUGUGCCUGGCACAGGGAAGGUGCUUAGCAGUCUCAGAUUUAGUAGUUUCGUAAAACUACACUUCAGUAACCUGAAAAUGAAAAACAUUCUAUCCCAGAAAUAAAAUAAGGCAUAUCCCUUCAAAUAUUUAAUUUUGGGGCAAGGAUAUAUGACUCGGCAUUCCUCUAUCUUAACCAAUUUAUUAAGUAAUUGCAGUUUUUGCCAUUAAAAGUAAUGCACCAACCCAAUAUUUUAAAUGGAUAGUAUAUACUUAGGAGAAAUACUUUAAACAAAAGCAUAGUUGUAAACCUUUUUACUGAAACAGUCUUUAACAUAAAUGUCCUUUUUAGUGGUUUGGAAAAAUGACUAUAACUUUUUUAAAAAAAUGGGAAAUCUACAAGUAAAAAGAUUAGCAAAAACAAAAGAAAAUGCUCUAUAAUGGAUAUUCUACUAAGCACCCAGGAUCGCAUGAGGCUGUCUUUGCUUUUAUUUAACAAGAGGCGAAAUGAGUAUAUGCUGUAAUUCUGCACCUGUUCUAUGGAUCUUGCCUGUGGGGAGAUACUCUCUAUAAAACUAUGCACUCCAUAGCUCCUGUGACGAACAGCGUUCAAAUUCUGCCUGUUAUGAGGUGUAAUUCAAUAAGCACCUUUUGCUGACCAGCUCUUUGCAGGAUAUAUGAAUGGCUGAGCUAAGAAUAAAAGCCCUUUUGGCAAUCUGAUACUUCGCCUUCUCUUCCACUCAGUUUUCAGUCAACCUCACCAUCAGAUACCCCGCCAGAGGCAUCACUCUCUCACUAGCCACUUGCUCAUAUAUUUAUGCCAGUAACAGUGCUGCGUGGGGAAAUAUGACGGUAAAGUACAAUCCUAGUUUAAGUUUCUUAUCUACCACUUAGGAAGGGUCCCCAGAUGGCAAGCUAGCUAAAAUUAUUAUUAUGCCACUGAGGAAAAAAGAAAUAGAUGACUCCUCCGUGGAAUCUUACCAGCUCACAGUGAGCGAGGCGAGUCUUAUGUUAAAAACACCAACUGAAGAUUAUCAAAAGAAUGGCAUCAAACUUUAAAAAAAAAAAGACUACUAUAUUAAUAAUAUAACUUUCUUCCACUUUGACCUGUGUCACCCAUAAAACCACAAAGCUCCUGUUUUCAGAUUCAACCAAAUUCCUUAAUUAUUUAAUUUUAUUAUAACAAAUAUAUAUUAACAAGUAUAAUAGUACAUUUUUUACUUCACAGUAAUAUUUGUUGUAAAAGUAAGAAACAGUAAGAAUUAUAUAAAAUAGAAAAAGAAAACCUCUUGUAAUCUCAUCUCUCUAAAAUUAAUUAUCAUCUAAAAUUUGGUAUAUCUGUCCAUGUAUUUUCUAUAAAUAUUACAUGUAUCAUUAUUAUAUAAAUAUUUUGAAAAACAAACCCAGGAUCAUUUUAUAUCAAUUUCUUUGUAGUUUUAUAUCAAUUUCUUAGCACUUUUAUAUCAAUUUCUUUGUAGCACUUUUGUUCAUUCAAUAUUGACUGGGUGCCUGCUAUGCAUUAAAUACUGGGAAUGUAGCAGUGAACAAAGCACGGAACUCUGCCUUCAUGGAGUCUGCAUUCCAGCAGGGAGAUGGAGACAAGAAACAAUACAGAAGUUAUAAGUGCGCAACCUACAAAGCAAGGCUGGCACUUCAUAUUGGGGUACUCCAGACACCACCAGCUCCAGUCAUUGAAUUAAUGGCUAUUUUCAAGGCGAGAAAAGCCUCUCAGGCUACCUCAGAUUCUCAGAGUUUGGCAGUCUGGAAAGGGUUAAGAACUUGCUGCCAUAAUUCUAUCACAGACUGCUCUUGCUUCUACAGAAAAACAGAACACAAAAAACACGGAGCAUCUCAAGAAGAAUCUCCUAUCUGAAUCUAAGACAAGAAAAUGGCAUUUUUGUCUACUUUUAUUUGCAGGGAUGGCAUUUUUGUCUACUUAUAUGUGCAGUGUUUAUUCUGUCUUCCCUCUACCCCUUACGCCAGCACCAGGUAUUCCACACCUGCUGGUGAACAAGCAGAGGCCUCUUUACACCUAUACCCGCAUGGUCUUCAUUACCGGACUGAGAAAAACACUGACGAUAAAGUAGUUUUCCACCCAUUAACUGUCUCUAAUAAUAUGCUUGUCAUCACAAUUAGUUUCACCAUCCCUGGCUUGCUUUUCUGUCAUUUCUUUCCCUUGAGUUCUGUUAACAGCAGAAAUUGGCUGCUAAACUAUUAUUCUGGUCUGUUUACUGGGGCUGCCGGCAGAAACAUUCUCCUUCUUCUGACAGCUGGGUAUGAUUUGUAAAGGUGUGAAGAAGAAUUGCUAAUACUUCUGGGCUCCAUUACAUUAACCUGGAAGGCAUUCUACCCAAGAAAUGAAUCCAAUAUUAAAUUGCC